AUGCUUAAUUCCAACUAUCAGUGUGUUUCAUGGAACAUGCUGACCAGUCUGAUGGGAAAGGAAGAGAUAAAGGUUGGAGUUCAAAAGAAAGAUAAAUAACUGCUGAACAAACAGAAGGGUGGUUUGGUGUGCGUUUCCCCCCAAAACAGUGCAAACAUACAAGAGACAGCAGCUGAUUCCAGAACACAAAAGGACAUAAAGAGGGACAUUGCAAAAAUGAGACUUUGCCUCUUCCUCUUCGCCUUUUCCCAUGGGGUGCUCAGUGACCUCGUCCAUCUGGAGAAAAUGUAUGGAAGGAUUGCAUCCCCCGACUUCCCGAACAUAUACCCCAAUGGCAAGGAGAGGACGUGGAACAUUACUGUGCCCCCUGGCUAUGGUAUCCGCCUCUACUUUACCCACUUCAAUCUAGAGCUUUCCUACCAGUGUGAAUAUGACUAUGUGAAGUUGCGUUCAGGAGGAACAGUCUUGGCCACCCUGUGCGGACAUCAGAGCACAGACACCGAGGAAGCCCCAGAGGACAAGACGUACCACUCCGUCAACAACAACCUAGCUGUGACUUUCCGAUCAGACUAUUCCAAUGAGAAAGAAUUCACUGGCUUUGAGGCCUUUUAUGCUGCUGAAGACAUUGAUGAGUGUGAACAGCUCCCUGACAGCGAGCCACUUUGCGAUCAUCAUUGCCACAAUUACCUGGGCGGCUUCUACUGCAGCUGUAAAAUCGGCUACCGUCUACACAAAGACAAAAGGACCUGUACAGCCAAUUGCGUAGAUAAGGUGCUGACUGCAAGAUCUGGAGAGAUUUCCAGUCCACGUUAUCCCAACCCAUAUCCCAAACUCUCCCAGUGCAAUUAUAGGAUCCAGGUGGAAGAUGGAUACAUGGUCGUCAUUGAAUUUGUGGGAAGCUUUGAUGUAGAGACCCACCCAGAAGUGGAAUGCCCCUAUGACAUCCUUAAGAUCAAAACACCCAAGCAAGAAUUUGGCCCAUUCUGUGGGGACACCCUCCCUAUGAAAAUUGAAACCCGUAGCAACACCGUCAACAUACAGUUCACCACGGACCUCUCUGGAGAUCACACAGGAUGGAAAAUCAGAUAUACAACAACAGCAUUGCCAUGCCCCAACCCUGAAGCGCCACCCAAUGGCCACAUCUAUCCAGUGCAAGAAAAAUAUAUUAUGAAAGAGUCCUACAAUCUCUCCUGCGAUAUCGGCUACGCACUCCUGGAAAAUGAGACGAUUGUGGAAUCCUUCAUGGCGACGUGUCAAAAGGACGGUUCCUGGAACAAGCCAAUGGCUCAAUGCAUCAUUGUUGACUGUGGUCCAGCCGAGGACACAGCAAACGGCGCACUUGUGUAUGUCACAGGGCCUGAUAGAACUACAUACCAAACUGAGAUCAAAUACAAAUGCAAGAGCCCCUACUAUGCUCUGAAAGCAGGACAUUCUGGCAGGUACCUGUGCGCCCCUGAUGGCUACUGGAGAGAUUCCAUGGGAAACAAAGCACCUCCUGUAUGUGAGCCAGUUUGCGGAGUCCAAACUUCAAAUACUCUGAAGCGCAUUUUUGGUGGAAAGAAGGCACUGCCCGGCCAGUUCCCUUGGCAAGUUCUGAUUAAUGAUGGACAAGGAGCAACUGGGGGUGGAGCUCUUUUGUACGAUAACUGGAUCUUAACAGCUGCCCACGUCCUCCCAGAUUCAGCAGACGCUUCAUCCUUGACGCUGAAAUUGGGGCUUCUAAGAAAGCGAAGCCCUCACUACCACCAGGCCUGGGCAGAAUCUGCUUUUGUGCAUGCAGGGUUUACCAACGAUGGCAUCAAUUUUAACAACGAUAUCGCUUUGAUCAAACUGAAGGACAAAGUCCCCAUUAAUGCAAACAUCACUCCCAUUUGCUUGCCAGGACAAAGCAGCAGGUUCCACAUAAACACAACCAACAUUGGUGUAGUAGCUGGGUGGGGGAGAACAGAGAAAAGGAUGCAGUCAAACAGCCUGAUGUACACUGAGCUAGAUGUGGUUGAUCCAGAGAAGUGUAAAGCUGCUUAUGCAAACCAGACUUUGGAGGGGAAACAACUAGUGUUGACAGAAAACAUGUUCUGUGCUGGAUACGAACAAGGAGGAAGAGAUUCCUGCAGUGGUGAUAGUGGCGGGUCAUUGGUGUUUUUUGAUGCCGAAACAAAGAGGUGGUUUGUAGGCGGCAUUGUGUCCUGGGGUCCUCCAGAGUGUGGUUCUGCAGAGCUGUAUGGAGUAUACACUAAAGUGAUCAACUACAUUUCCUGGAUUGAAGACAUCAUUUCCCAAAAUUCUUGAUUAUUUUUUACCAUUUCAUUUGUAUCACAUUGCCAAGAAAAGCUUUACAUAGAAUUACAUUUACCCAAGAAAUAAAAAAUAUAGUACACUAACUGGGACUUAAAUUUUAGGUAAAUAUGCCCAAGAUCAGGCAGUAAACGCUUCCAGAUUAUUCAAUGUACAGCAGAACCCUGUGCAUGUUUACUCAAAAUCAUAUGCUUCUGAGGGAAUUCAGUGCUGUGAGCUACCAAAGCAGGAAGGCAGAAUGUUUUCAAAGAAAAUGAAACACACUCCAUGUAAAAUUAGGUAUCAUUUCACCUGCCUAUUGUGUGCUUGUUCUACUUUCGGGGAAUAUGGGGGGGGGGUGUUUGUUUCUUUAAAACAGCUGGAUCUUUAAAGUUGUUUUCUUCCCUACUCCCCCAGAG